AUGGUGCCGGCGACUCGAUGCGUACAGGGAGCUCAGACACAGGGGGCGGCCAUGUUUCUUUCCCGGGAACCACUUCCGCCAAGCCAGUCUCGCGUCUCGCGAGAGAUCCGAGACUUCCGAGAGUUUCGGGUUGGCACAGCGCCCCCUGGCGACCGGGCUUCCGAACUCCAGAAGGUUUCCUGCGCUGCUUCUGCGUCUGCGCUUAUGCUUCCCGCCGGGCUCAACCAGGGAAUAAACAUAAAAGACGAGAAGCAGAUUCGACGCGGAGUGAAGGAGGUGCAGAAGUUUCUCAACAAAGGCGAGAAAGGGAUCAUGGUGCUGGCUGGGGACACGCUGCCUAUUGAGGUGUACUGCCACCUGCCGGUCAUGUGCGAGGACCGCAGCCUGCCCUAUGUCUAUAUCCCCUCCAAAAUGGACCUGGGCGCUGCAGCAGGCUCGAAGCGGCUCACUUGCGUGAUCAUGAUCAAGCCGCAUGAGGAAUAUCAGGAUGUCUACGAUGAGUGUCUGGAGGAGGUGCAGGCCCUGCUCUUUUCCCUGUGACCCAAAGAAUUGAGGGGAGGAUGCAGCACUGCAGGUUGGCACAAGCUUGGGGCUUAACUCAAGGCAGCCUCCAGUCUAGGAGAUGGAGGACAGUAAAUGCUAAGAAAUGAAAAAAAAGAAAAAAAGA